UGUCACGUAACAGGGAUAGUAACCGCAUCUCACGAAGCGCCCGUCACGUGCUGUAUCACGUGUAUAUCACAUACAUCCUGUAUAUAGACCUUUCUCUUUUGUCUAUUUCCACUUUGAUAGGUUAAGCCACUUUACCACACUCCGUAUGCCCAUUGCUGUGUGCCAUAACUCGUGACAGUUAUGAGCCCAGCUCUUAGUUAAGACCCCAUACCACGAUAACGCACUCAUCAACACGAUUCCUACGUUCUCUUCAAGAUGACCGACAUCUUCACAUCCACUUUUGGCCAAGCCAAAUUGACUGGCCGCGACAGUUGGAUCAAAUGGUUCCAGGCCUUCCGCCUUAUGAGUGAGGGACUCGAGGUCUGGAAGUACGUCGACCCAGACGCUCCAGACUCCGACGCACUCCUCACUCCUCUCACGGCGUUCACUUCACCUUCUGACUUCGAACUAUUACUCUCAACCCGUAAUGAAGAAGAACAAAGAGCCUACGAGGCACGCCGUGAGGCGUUCGAAAACGACCAAAAGGACUGGGAAAUCCAUCGCCAGCAACUUCCAGCCCCAACUCCCAGCAUGACCCCUUCGACUUCCUCGAGCACGAGCAACCCACAGGAUCCAGCUGGAACUCCUUUUACGAUACCAGCUAUGCCACCUACUUCACGCAAUCAAAUCUAUCCCCAUACCGCACCCGUGAAGAGGAUCCAUACGCUCGAGAAUAUUCAGAAGGAAUGGGAGCUCUCUGCCAAAUACCAUCAAAUCAUGGCCCCUGAACGUAACAGUGUUAAUACGCACAUCAAACUCCUCGCCCAGUGGUUGGGAAAAUCAGUUAACGCCACUCUCUACGAACACGCAUUCCAGAAAGCAACCGAGAACGGCGUCAAGUUCAGCGUACAACGAAUCGUCAGACGACUGAAGCAGGAACUGGCGCCCUCCGAGGCCAUGGUCAGGAGUGCGGUUCGCCAGGAGUACAGACAAGUCCUCAGCAAAGCGAGGACCGGAGUUAACCCCCAACGCUGGUACGAGGAGUGGCAGUCUGCUUACCUCCGAGCCAAAACGUACGAUAUCCCGGAAAUUGACGGAGAGAUCGCCAUAAUCGACUUCCUGGAUGCGGUUAAGUCCAGACUCAACCCUACAUGGGGCCAACGCACUUAUGAGACUUUCCGCGAAUCAAUGGCCUUCGAAACACACACCAGGACCCUCGAGGAGAUUGCGUCAAGGAGGGGCUUACUCCACUUUCGCUGGACGCUCUGA